UCGGCCUCGAUAAACCUUUGAAAAGUGCCUGAUGCAUGGGACAAACCGAAUUGGAUAAGGAGACACUUUAAAAGUCAAAAUAGUGUACAGAGAGCCGUUUUAUGACAUCCUCCGGAGCAAUCGGAAUUUGAUAAAAUGCUUUGACUAAAUCUGCAUGGGAGAAGAUGUUGUACUCAUGGAGUUCACUAGUGAAAUCAAUAAUACUAGAGAUUGGAUACUUGUCCUUUUAUUUGCUUAUAAUUUGUCCACCCAAGGAAUAUGCUUUGUCCAACACGGAAGCAAAAGCAGUAACAGUUCAUUCUUCAGUUUUGUAAAUAAGCAUAAUUGUUGAGAAACAAUAUCCUGAAAUAUCUUUGCUGAGAAAAUUCGAAAAAGCAUUAUCUGGUACAUAACUAUUCUCAAAUUUUCAUGACAUAAAAUUAAAACUAUUUCUUGAAAAACUCUUCUAUUACACAAACCAAAUGUUAUUAAACCAUACCUUCUGAUUUUGGAUUUAUGUAUCUAUGUCUCUGCAAAUGUUUGUUCAACUAGCAUACCUGGUGGUCGAGAUCCAAACUAUUAAAGCUGUCUCUUCAUUGAAUAUGUUCUGUAACUCGAAUGGCAACGACAAGUGAAAACUGAAUUCUCUAAUGCGGGAACUUUAAUGUCAUGAAUGGAAAAAAGCAGAAGACAAUUUUACCUGUUGUUAUCGUGGAAGAUCAUAAUGACGUCCUUUAUCAUAUUUAUCGAGCAAUAGGCUCUAAACGCCUCCCAUUCAGUGAUGGCACCAUGAUUCAUUUUGAUUCUCAUCCUGAUCUGAUGAUCUCCAAAACUCUGAACGCAGAAAAAAUAUAUGAGAAAGAUCAUGUUUUCAAUUCUUUGAGUAUCGAAAAUUGGAUCAUGCCAGCCUUAUACGCCGGACAUUUUUCUACUGUUGUGUGGAUGAAACCAGAAUGGGCGACUCAAAUAACAAAUGGUACUCAUCACUUCAAAAUUGGACAUCAUAAAUCUUCCAAGGACAUCAA